AUGAGAACUUUGGCCCUCGUGUUGAUCAUCUACACGGUCUUCUUCCUGCCUUACAUCGCCCUAAUGCUGUUGCUCCAGGUCCUUCCUGGACUGAUGAGGAGGAGCAUCGUCCAGCGCUUCGCUGUGAUGACCAGCACUCUCCUGUCCCUGAACCCCAUGGUUGACCCCGUAAUCUAUGUGUUCAUGAGGAAUAGGAACUGGGUGGUACUAGUUGUCGCCUUACCCAUCACAUUACUGGCCAUUUACAGACUCUAUUUCUUCAUCAGGGCUGAUCAUGUUGCCCCUGUGUAUGUCAUCAACCUUCUCAUCUCUGAUAUUGUUCAGAUAUGGGGAAACCCGCUUAGCUUGUAUGUAUUCAUGCGGAGGGAUGCUAAGGACAUCCUCUGGGCUUUCCCCUGCUUCCGCCAGUUCCAGAAAUGCAGAAAGCCAUUGGAGACGCAGCCCACCAAUUUAAUAACCAUCACUAUCCAUGACUUCUGGGAUUACAUGAGGUUAAUCUUCUUCAUUGGUGUGAUGGCUAAUGUUUGCUUUAUGGUGUUUAUAUCUGCUGAGAGAUAUGGAAUGAUUGCUCAUCCUGUUUGGUAUAGAAGCCUCCACACGAUCAGGACAUCAGUCAUUGUGUCGGUCACUGUUUGGGUCAUAUUGCCCAUCAUUGUGAUCAUCACUGGGCUUUAUACUUUACAUGUUGUGUUAUCUGAACUCUUGGUUAUGCUUCUCCCGUAUCCCUGGAUGAUAUUCUUUUUCGUGGGGACAUGGAGGGCUCUCUCCAGGAAUACAUCAGUACCUCGUCAUGAGCAGAGACGGAUUAUGAGAACCCUGGCUCUUGUUCUUAGCAUUUAUACAGUCUUAUUUCUACCUUAUGUGAUGGUGGAGAUUGACAUUUACUACCCAUUUAGACAUGAAGACGAAAGAGUUACAGAAACUGUCACAGAGGCCCAAGUCUAA